UGAAGUAAGGACGAUCUUUCGGGGGGCGUGCAGGAGGCGGGGCUUGGCUGAGGUUUCACAGAGUCUGCGCGGACGGUAGCUUGACUGGAACAUGGCGACCUGCGCUGAGAUCCUGCGGAGCGAGUUCCCCGAAAUUGACGGACAGGUCUUCGACUACGUGACGGGCGUCUUGCACAGCGGCAGCGCGGACUUCGAGUCAGUGGAUGAUCUAGUGGAAGCUGUGGGGGAACUGUUGCAAGAAGUGUCCGGGGACAGCAAGGAUGACGCGGGCAUCAGGGCCGUGUGCCAGCGCAUGUACAACACUCUGCGCCUGGCUGAGCCACAGACCCAGGGAAACAGCCAAGUGCUACUAGACGCCCCUAUCCAGUUGUCAAAGAUAACAGAAAACUACGAAUGUGGCACCAAACUUCCAGGACUGCUAAAGAGAGAACAGUGCUCGACAGUGAACGCAAAGAAGCUCGAGAAGGCUGAGGCUCGUCUGAAGGCAAAGCAGGAGAAGCGCUCAGAGAAAGACACACUCAAGACCAGCAAUCCUCUUGUCUUGGAAGAAGCAUCGGCCAGCCAAGCAGGCAGCAGAAAGGAGAGUCGGUUGGAAUCAUCUGGCAAGAACAAAUCAUAUGACGUGCGAAUUGAGAACUUUGAUGUGUCUUUCGGUGAUAGAGUACUUCUGACUGGAGCAGAUGUGAACCUGGCCUGGGGCCGUCGCUACGGACUGGUGGGUCGGAAUGGACUGGGGAAGACAACACUGCUGAAGAUGCUGGCCACCCGGAGCCUGCGGGUUCCAUCCUACAUUUCCCUGCUGCAUGUAGAGCAGGAGGUUGCUGGAGAUGACACCCCUGCCUUGCAGAGUGUGCUGGAGAGUGACACAGUGCGAGAGAACCUCCUGCGGCAGGAGCAGCAGUUCAGCGCCCAAAUUGCUGCUGGCAGGGCUGAGGGCUCAGAAGCUGCACAGCUGGCAGAAAUCUAUGCCAAGUUGGAGGAGAUUGAGGCUGAUAAGGCACCUGCCAGGGCAUCAGUCAUUCUUGCUGGGCUUGGCUUUACCCCUAAAAUGCAGCAGCAGCCCACCCGGGAGUUCUCAGGUGGCUGGAGGAUGAGACUGGCCCUGGCCCGGGCCCUGUUUGCUAGGCCAGAUCUUCUGCUGUUAGAUGAACCCACGAACAUGCUGGAUGUAAGGGCCAUCCUGUGGCUGGAAAAUUACCUGCAGACAUGGCCCUCUACAAUCCUGGUCGUCUCCCACGACCGCAACUUCCUGAAUGCCAUAGCCACAGACAUCAUCCACCUGCACAGCCAGCGGCUAGAUGGCUACCGGGGGGACUUUGAGACCUUCAUCAAGAGCAAGCAGGAGCGGCUACUCAACCAGCAACGUGAAUAUGAGGCACAGCAGCAGUACCGCCAGCAUAUCCAGGUUUUCAUUGACCGGUUUCGCUAUAAUGCCAAUAGAGCCUCUCAAGUACAGAGUAAACUCAAGAUGCUGGAGAAGCUACCAGAGCUGAAACCCGUGGACAAGGAAUUAGAGAUAGUGAUGAAGUUUCCUGAUGGGUUUGAGAAGUUCUCACCGCCAGUUCUACAACUAGAUGAGGUGGAUUUCUACUAUGAUCCUAGGCAUGUCAUCUUCAGCCGUCUCUCCGUCUCUGCUGAUCUCGAGUCUCGCAUCUGUGUGGUUGGGGAGAAUGGGGCUGGGAAGUCUACCAUGCUGAAGCUGCUUAUGGGCAACCUGGCACCUGUUCGGGGCAUCAGACAUGCUCAUAGGAAUCUGAAGAUUGGCUAUUUCAGCCAGCACCAUGUGGAGCAGCUAGACCUGAAUGUCAGUGCUGUGGAACUGCUGGCGCACAGGUUUCCUGGACGGCCUGAGGAGGAGUAUCGUCACCAGUUGGGUCGGUAUGGCAUCUCGGGAGAGCUGGCCAUGCGCCCUGUUGCCAGCCUGUCCGGGGGCCAGAAGAGCCGGGUAGCCUUUGCUCAGAUGACCAUGCCCUGCCCCAACUUCUACAUUCUGGAUGAACCCACAAACCACCUUGAUAUGGAGACGAUCGAGGCCCUGGGCCGUGCGCUCAACAGUUUCAGGGGCGGUGUGAUUCUGGUGUCCCACGAUGAGCGCUUCAUCCGGCUGGUAUGCCGAGAGUUGUGGGUGUGCGAAGGAGGUGGCGUCACCCGGGUCGAGGGGGGCUUUGACCAGUACCGUGCCCUUCUCCAGGACCAGUUCCGCCGGGAGGGCUUCCUCUAGGAUCACCGGGCUGAGAGGACUGUGCCCAGGACAUGGACUGGUCUCAGAGCCCUGGGCCACCACAUAGGCAACCAUCUCUAGGCCACGGACGUCCCCUGACUUUGGGGACAGCCUUAUUCCCAAAAUCUCCUUUUGACAGGAGCAUCCUCUGCACAACCCAGGGAGCCCCAUCUAAGGACCUGUAAGGACUUGUCUUCCAAGGGGAAGGGGUGGGGAGUGCCCUGUGGGGUUAUAGAUACCCCCACUGCCCCAGCUUUGACUGGGCUCCAAGCGGCUGCUGUGUAAAUUAAAUCUCCCCCUGCAUCUCUUUUGCCUCAUCUCUGCUGCUCCCUGGCAGGGCUAUAGUGUUUGCCACUGUUAAGAGUUGUGGGCCCUCUGAUGCAAUGUUUUCCUGUGACUCCUGCAUCAGUCACAUGGAGGAGGCCAUGGCAGCAUCAAUCUUGUCCCAGGUAGGAGAUGUCUUUGAGGUUGCUGGGGCUUGGAGGUUAUCUGCCCAUCCUUGCAGUGGGCUGAGCUGGUGGAAUAAAGGGCAGUGGUGCUGUUCACUAUAGCCUGGGCUCAGCCUCAGCUGCAGGGGUCUUGGGUUCUAUGCUCUCAGCCCCAUUGCUUGGGAGAGUGAACUGAUUCUGUAACCUGGCCUCAAACAUGGUUUGCCAACUCCUUUCUCUAGUGGUCUCUUGUCCAGGCUCAUCCUGUUUCUCUGAUCUGACUCUCAGAUGGAGCUGAGGAGAAACCAAGAAAUUUACUCAUGUUCCCAUUUUGUUUGGGUGGUUUUUUUCUUUAUUUUUCGUCUAACCAUGUAGAAGAGCCCUGGGAAGUAGGGAAUUGAGAAUGGGAUCUAAUGGGAAGAAAUAGAGCACUUUGUGUUGAAAUUAAGCAGUUUUUAAGAGGUGAGUGGAGAUAUUUAACCAGUAGUACGAUUUACAAGUAUUGUUUCUCAAGGACUCAACCGCUGUAUGUAAUGGUUAGGCAGAGAACACUAAAACAGUGGCACUGCUUUGCUCUCAACAAUAAUGAGAAACCAGAGUCAACAGAAGGAACGUGCUGACUUUGUGGAGAAUUGUAGCUCAGAGCUCAACCAGGGAAUCUUAGCUCAGCUGCUGAGGGCACUGUGGUAUAAGCAGCUGGGGAGAACCUCUUACAGAGUAAAGAAGAGUGAAGACAGGAGGGCUCUGUGAUUCACCACAGAGCAGGCGCUGAUGGACUGAUGAAGCUGGCAGGAGGGCUGCUAAUCAGCCUACCUCCUCGGCCUCUCUCCCUCUCAAGUCCAGAGGUGUUCCAGCCACAUCUGCAGCCACACGCAUCACCGCAGUCCCCAAGAGCCUUCUCACAGCCCCACCACUCCUCCAACCUCAGAGCUGUAGGUGAACCAUCUGCUGUAGGAUUUGUGCCUGCCUGUUUGCCAGGCACUCAGCCCUUUUGCCCCUCACUAGCUUGUGAAUCCCUGUGUGAGUUCUUCCACUCCUUAGAGGCAGUGGAAACACAGCUGAAGGUCCUGUGACAGAGUCUGCUGCUUUGGAGGUGCCUUUAUGUGCAAAGAGCACUGGACCUGGAGUUGGGUCUAAGAUCAAGUCCUAGCCUUAUUACUGGUAGUAGAAGAGGCCACUAAUAUUAGCUAGGUUAACUAUAACAAACCACUUAACCUUUUUAAAUGCUUCUUAUUUGGUUUCUUUAUAGGACUGUUGUGGUGGUAACUGACAAGCACUUAGUGCAUAAGCAUCAGGUGAUUCUUGUGUGACCAGUCUGAUUUGAAGGACUAUCAUAUGGGGAAAGAAGUACAUUUUCUCUGACUCCAGAGGUAGAUCAGGCUGGACUCAAAGGAAAGGAAAGUUUUUAAUAGCUCAGGUUGUGUUCUGACAGUGAGAUCCCAGUCUCUGGGACUGUUCAGUCCUGUCAGGCUCUAGAAAAAUGCUCUCUUGGUUAAGCAGGAGCACCAGAUAGCUUCCAGAUUGGCUUCCAAUUUUGAUUCCAUGAAAGAAAUAUGAAGAACCUGUAUACAUGACAACACAAGACUUCUGUGCAGAGCGUCAGAAAGGUGGGGUGAGUGACUUGUAGCAGCUGAGAAAAACCCUGCAGUAAGUGUGUGUAGUGACAUUUGGGAUUAGAGGGAAGUUGGCAGAAGAUGGUUGUCCAGGGGUGGAAAAUGUAUGCAGUGUGGGCCAGCUCAUUUCAGAGAGCACAGGGUAGAGGGGAGGGAUCUGACGCAUGAGAGUGGGAAGCCACCCUUGAUCACUGGGACUGCCCAACACAGCAGCCACCCUUGCUUCCACACUGCGGACAGCCUGCCUAACCCCAGCCAUCAGGAAGCUGGUCCUUCCACAGCUGCACAUGCUGGAGCUGACGUCAGGCCCUAAAGCUAAUCGAGAGCUGGCCGAGUUAAAAGGCCUCAGAGUGCUGUCUUCAUUGACAUUUUGGUCUCCCUAUUUCCGCCAAUACCUUCUCCGGCAGCCCGGCUGGGCCCCAGUGUGAAGUGGCGCAGAGGGGUCACGCGUCCCCCCACAUCAGUCUAGAGGGCACCCAAAGUUGCCAGUGACAGAGUUGUUUAUUCUAAUGUAGUAUUACUAUCUUGAUAUUUAUUAGACAUUUUGCUAAGUUCUCAUUGGUUUCCAGAUAAAUUUUAACAGAGUAGGAGAGAAGGUGCCAUUUACCCUCACUGGCCAUGCCCCAGCCUAAUUUGUCAUUUUGGGACACACUAGCCUACUAGAACCACUUCCCAGGCCUGAGACUGUUCCACCGACAAAUAGAAAUAACCCCUGCCAGUGUCAGAGCACGGCUACCCUGCAUCGGCCUGGGCACAGACUGGGUGUCUGCAGGAAGUCUCAGCGGGCUAGCAGGGUAGACUCACAACCCCUGAAGGGCCUCUAGAGGGGUCUCAGAACCUGGGGUGAGGACUUGCCUCAACCUCCCCCAACUCCAAAUGGGCUUUCACUGCCAUCUGUGCUUCCCCCUUGUAAGCUGUGUGCCAUUACGAUUGACAUUCUCACUUUGCCUUGAUAUCCUUAAAGGCCAUAGCUUGCUCACCUUUGUAUUUUCUGUGCCUGACCCAGGUUGGGUUCCUAGGAAGCAGUUUAAAAAGAUGAGCAUGCUGGGUGGUUAUUAAGGGGUGCUCCUGGGAUCAGUACCACAACUUAGCAGAAGGACCAGUUGAGCAGCAAUGUGAACCCCAUGAGAGCCUCAAUCAACCUCACAUUCUGGAGCUGGGAUAGUCCUGUAGAAUUGCCCUAAAUUGAGCCAGUGAGUCUGGCCUUUAUUCUACUGAGUUGAUCAAUCUUUAGAAGCCAGCUGCUACCAGAAGUGUGGCCUUAGGAGAGAAACUUUUAUUCAGCUAAAGCAAUUCCCCUAAGGGGCUCACAGCUGAGGACUGCCAUCGGUUCUCUGAGCAGCCAGGACAGCAAGUCCUGAAGGAGGAUCUGGGUAGCUCAUGACAGUAUCCACCUCUGUGCCUAGCGUAUAAUAGGCACUCAGUAAGAAUGCUUGAUAGAGAAAUAUUUUGGGAAAACUAAUUUGAGAAGUAGAGAAUGACACUGGAAGAGGAGAGAGCAGAGGCCAUGUGACCAACAAGGCCACGACCAAAAUUCAGCCCUAAGGAUGCAGGGUCCAGGCGGUGGAGGUGAAACCCAAGAGGAUGGUGUGUGAACUCAGGAAAGGGGAUUCCAGUUUUGUCCGAACAAGGAAGGACUCGUUUUUCAAGGUCAGAGCCUAGAAAUGGAGUGAAAGCUUUGGAACACUUAAGAUACAGGUUAAUGGGACCUUUGUUUUUAAACCUCCCCUUGUUUCCUUUUAAGGCAAUGCUAAGGAAAUAACAGUUAAUACUUACUGGGUUUGUAUUAUGUAAUAGAUGCUGUUGUGCCCUACCUGCACUAAGUCAAUCCUCACAAUCCCGUGAACUGACAGUGAUUACCCUCAUUUUAUAGAUAAGGAGAUCAAAGUUGACUUAGUGGGUGGCAGGGCUAAGGUUCAGGCCAGUCUGCCUCUCGAGUGAAGCUCUCAACUGCCACACUCUACUGCGGCUUGACUCCUGAUGUGAUGUGCUGAAUUGUCAAAGUUUAUUAAUUUCAUCCCUUAAAACUUGUGAAUCACAUGGGGCCUUGAGGGGCCAGGGGCUUUGAACAAGCUUCUCUCAGAAGAGCAAGCUGGUGAGUAGGACUACUGGCACAAUGGCUGGCGCAUGCUGGGUGCUCAGUGAAUAGUUAUAAAAUGAUGCAAAUGCUUGGUAUAGUGGGAGAGACACACCAAGAUUAAUCCAGUGCUACCACUGACGGUGUCUUGACCAGUCAGCCUUUCUUGAGCAAACCAUCCCUAUCCAUAAAAUGGGCUUAACACUUUGUUUUGCCUGCUUUGUAUAGUUGGAAGGAGUGAGACACGGUCCUAUGUAAACUGAAUAAAGUUUUUUAUAAACGGAAGCA